AUGGGGAACAUGGACGGGAAAACCGUGGAGGAGCUCAGCACCACCGAGUGCCACCAGUGGUAUAAGAAGUUCAUGACGGAGUGUCCUUCUGGCCAGCUCACCCUCUACGAGUUCAAACAGUUUUUUGGCUUGAAAAACCUGAGUCCUUCAGCAAACAAAUACGUUGAGCAAAUGUUUGAGACGUUUGACUUCAAUAAGGAUGGCUACAUAGAUUUUAUGGAAUAUGUGGCAGCUCUGAGCCUGGUCCUGAAAGGGAAGGUGGACCAGAAGCUGCGGUGGUACUUCAAGCUCUAUGAUGUGGACGGGAACGGCUGCAUUGACCGGGGAGAGCUGCUGAACAUCAUCAAAGCCAUUCGAGCCAUCAACCGCUGCAACGAAACGAUGUCGGCUGAGGAGUUCACAGACAUGGUGUUCGACAAAAUCGAUAUAAAUGGAGAUGGUGAGCUCUCCCUGGAAGAGUUCAUGGAGGGCGUGCAGAAGGAUGAAAUGCUGCUGGACACCCUCACCCGCAGCCUGGACCUGACCCACAUCGUCCGGUUGAUCCAGAACGACGGGAAGAACCCGCACGAGCUGGAGGAGGCAGCGGCUGAGAAGUAACCUCCCGGGACGCUUUCCCUGCGCCUCCACUUUUCCCCCCUUGCAUUAUUAACUCGUGUCGUGGUUGUGGGAGCUGGUGAACUGUCCCAGUGCCAGUGUGUGGCCACAGACUACCCUGUUAGUGCAGGGACCAGGACCUGCUCCGAAGGUGCCGCUCCCCCCGCAGAUGGUUUGGAGGAGCCUGGGCGGCCCUGCCUGGUGCAAGAGGAAAAGCUGCUGCAAGGAGGGGAUGUGGACACAUGGAAA